GAAAAUCAGAACUGCUGUGAUCUGAGAAGCAGCAUCAGCUCAGGAUUUCUUUGGGCGAAGCUGGAAAUUAAACCAGUUUACUGACCAGGAUCAUACUGGGAACUCUGACUAAUUAGUCAGGAAACGAAACUCAAGGGAAUUAGCACUCACUCACAAACACACACACACACAAAACAAUGGAGAGCCAACAAGUGGUAGAAGUGGAGUUGGAGGAGAUUGCGCUGGUUGAAGAGCACAAUGAGAGAGAAAACGUGGACGAGCAGGAGACCGAAGCUGAUACUGAAAAGGAGACUGCAGACGAAGGCAAUGUUUACUCCGCUCUCACUAACCCUUCUGAAUAUGUGUACGGUGUGCCUUCUUCAACUCGCUCAUAUACAGUCAAUAAAGAUUCAUCAGAUAUUUACCGGAGAGUUCGUCUUUACCGCGUCGUUUCCCUGGUUCUUUUGGUCAUCUGCGUCCUCUUGCUGAUUGUGGUCCUUGUGCUGUUUAUUAAGUUGACUGGGAUGCACUCAUGCCAGCUGACUGAGACGACUCUGGAACAGGAAUGCAGUUUGAAGAAAUGCCAAGAGGUUUACCAACAGCCAUUUGAAAGAGCCUUGGGUCUGUGCCGUGACUGUGGCAGCGGCUGGCUGAGAUUCGAGAACACUUGUUACUUCCUGUCCGAGACGCGUCUCACCUGGCAGAAGAGCAGAGAGGAGUGCCAGAGGAAAGGAGGAGAUCUUGCUGUCAUCACUAAUGAACGUGUGCAGACGUUUCUGAGUAAGAGGGCAAUUAUAAACUACUGGAUCGGCCUGAGUCACGUGGGGACCAAUCAAUGGAUGUGGAUUAACAACACUGUAUUGACAGUGAGAUACUGGGGCGAUUCUUCUUCCUCUGGAGAAUGUGGCAUCAUGGUUGGAGAGAAAUCGGCAGAGCGGAGCUGGCAGCCAGCGUCCUGCAGACUGAACUUACAGUACAUCUGUCAGAAGAUGUAGACCACACCAAUCCACACCAUCAUUCAGCACAUACUCAAGAUUAAAUCAGAAAUGAGACAUUUUUUUUUUAAGUGUACAUAACUGGAUCAAAAAGCUUUUUAGAUAUUUAUGUGCUUUAUUUGCAUUAAUGUUGCACUCAUUUCUAACCACACUCAUCAUUUACACAAAGCUUGUUAUUUGCACUAAAUGUGUCUAAUGUUCACACAGUAAUGAAUUGCACGUACAUUCUGUUUGAUAUGUUUUUGUUUGUAUUUCUUAAUUAAACUUCCACCUUUAUAUUUA